CCGUUUCGGCCAGAAAUGAAGUUCCACAAUGCUCUACUUCUGUAUUGGAUUGGGCUCGUCAUGUCCUUGGUGAGGAAUGCGAGGAGAGCAGCGAUGACGGACGAGAGGGAAGUUCAGGCGCCUCGUUGGCAGACGGACCUCUGGCCACCAGGAAAGAGGUGGCGAGCUACUCUACAACGGUAUCGCGAUCGCCCCUCCCCGCCAGUGCUGUCGGACGAGGCGGAGGAGAGGGCCAACCGUCUGGGCGCUUCGGGCGGCACGACCUCGGAGGAGGAUGGCAACCCGUUCGUGCAGGUUCGCAUGCUGGAGUGCGAGCCCCACCAUGCGAGGAUGGCAAAGGUGCCAGGUACGCAGCGCGUUUUGGUUCCAGAAAGAAGCUCG